GCCCCGUGGUCUGCAGUCGAGCUGGACGCGCACGCAGUUCCGCUGUGCAGCCGACCCCGGGCUGGGAUGGAGCUGGAGGCUGAGGAGCUGAGCCAGUGGCCGGAGGUGCACCAGCCCACCCUGGACAAUGAACAGCUGAUGCCCGUCCCAGAGAGCUCUCCGUCUUCCGGAAGCAGUGGCAUGUACACCUUUUGGAACCAUGGCCCACCAGGCAUUCAGUACUGUCCUCAGGGCACAGAGAUGGCGAGGAUCCCCCUGGUGUCUGCGGAGGCACCUAGGCAGGACGUGGGUGGAGUGGGGUCACCGUGCUGUGUGACAUUGCCUGAGCACGGUGUGAGCUACUGCCCCCAAGCAUCUGCUCCUUCCCAGACGAUUUACUUUCAGGGAAUGUCUCUUGCCCAGCCAGGGAUGAUGAUUUUCAAGGGGCCCCAGAUGAUGCCCCCAGGAGAACCCAGUGUUCCAGGUGCAGCCAUGACCUUCAGUGGGGAUCUGAGGAUGACCUCCGGUGGGCUGCCAGUCUCGGCUGCCAGUGGAGUCCCAAUGGUAUCCCACAUGCGGGCCCCAGCAGUGCCUUAUUCUGGCCUCCCAACAGCACCUAAUCCCGGAACCUCUGUAGUACCUAAAAUGUUUCUGACCCCAACCAUGCCUUCCACUGAGUCCAAGCCUGUGCUUCCCUCGCUGGCUCAGGUAUCUCCCAGGAGAGAUCCCCACAACCUUGGGAUGCCCCCAACAGGGACCCAAUCGUUGCUAGACUUAGAAUCCCAGGAUGGUGUUGUGAGCCAGCCAAAAGCCCAGGAAGACCCCUUCCUGCCUGAGCAGCCCAUACCUGCUCCGCAGAGAGCAGAGCAGAGUCCCAGGGCCCAGGAAGGGGCACCUAGGAGGAAAUGCCCAGUUUCAAAGCCUUACUGCUGCCAGCAUGAGAACUGUGGCAAAGCCUACACCAAGCGCUCCCACCUCGUGAACCACCAGCGCAAACACACAGGGGAGAGGCCCUAUAAAUGCAGAUGGGAAGGCUGUGCGUGGUCUUUCUUCCGUUCUGACGAGCUUGGACGACACAUGCGCACACACACCAGAUACCGACCACAUCGAUGUGAGCUGUGCGGCCGGCAGUUCAUGAGAUCUGACCAUCGCAAGCAACACCAAACCACUCACAGGCAGUUGCUGGGAUCCCCAGACCCUCAGGACAACCGUGGACAGAUGGGUGACCCUCCUGCUCCUGGUCUCUAGGCCAGUCUUCACUUGCCCUCAUUUUGGCUUUUCUACCCAGAUCCCGCCUGCCUCUGACCAGCUCCUCUUUGGCAGGGGUAGUCAUGGUAGAAAGGAAGCCCAUGGUGCAGUGCUGACACCCAGACGAUGCUGCCAUCAGGCAUGCCUUGAAACCCUCAGAACUUUCCGGGAUGCCGUCACCUCUCUGGGGCGACCUGCUUUCGCCGGAUGGAAGAGGGAGCUCAGCAGAGACUGGGAGCUUUAUUUAAAAGCCCUUUAGCUCGGUCACUCACCAGCUUGAAACUUUUUAGCAUCUCUUCUUUUCUGCUAUGCAAAAGCCAAGUUAAAGAUCUUGGUCUCCACAGUUGCCAGAGGCAGACUCUGUUCAAAUUCCAAAUGUAUCACUUACUAGCCAUGCGACCUUGACCACUGUGCCUUGUUUUCUCUUCUGGAAAGUGAGGAAAACAGCACUGGACUGUACUGGACCUGGUACAUGUACUGCAUCAGCUCCUGCUGGACCUCACCAGCCGCGUGCCCGGGGCUCCGGCUCUCCCCACCACUUCCAGACUUGGAGAGAAUGCCCCACCGCAAGGCCUUGACGUUAGCUACCUGGAAGUGGGGGUGAAGUUAAUACUUGGGUAAAAUAUGGCUCCUGGGAAAUGGGAGAGAGGAGAGAGCCAGGUGGAUUGGUUUCCCCUUCUUCCCUCCCUUCUGUGACUUCUGCCAGGCACCAUUUCUCCAGGACAAGACAACCUGUGGGGACACUUUCCAAGUAGCUGGUGGACACACCCCCGUGCCUCUUCAGGCUUGUCCUGAAGCAGUGCCCAGCCGGGUAACUCAUCACCCCCAGGACGGCAGACCUUCCCUGCCUUGCUUCCAUCUUCUCACACUGCUCUGGGUUUGCACCUCCCAAAU